AUGCCGGCGAAAAGCUUCGCUGAGUCAAACACGCCUUAUCGGUCCGCUCACUCGCAGCGGAGAGAAUGGGGCAGGCCUUUGCUCCUCGCGGUCGUUCUCUUCGGCCUCUGGGCAUGGAGACUCAGUGACUGGUCCCACCGCCGCAAUGCAAUCCUCCAUCCAGCUCGGGGCCCAUUCCCGGUCUUCACCGACUGGGACGACAUCCCGGCCAGCGAGGAGCUGCGCUGGGUGAGAUGCGCCCUGCCCGGCAUGAUUUCAGCCGGCCGCGGCUACAUGUGCGCCCGCUUGACCGUACCGAUGGAUUACCAACGGCCUCUGAAUCAGUCAUCCAAUCACCCCAAGGUCCACAUCGCCAUGGUGCUUCUGCCCGCCCUUGGCCACGGCCUGGAGACGGGCCGCUUCUCCGAGUCCCCGCUUCUCCUCAACCCGGGCGGCCCCGGCGGGUCCGGAACCACUUUCAUGCUUCCACCUUACGGCCCCACCAUCCAGCUCGCCGCCGGAGGUACACUCGACGUCAUCGGCUUCGAUCCCCGGGGCAUCGGAGCCACGACACCCCGUGCCGACUGCUUCGUCGAUACCAAACCGGGCGACGAGUCCUCAACCGAGGCCAAGAACCUUGGCUUCCUGCACCGGUUGACUUGGCUGGCGAUGGGGCACGACAUCGGGAUGCUCAACACCACCGCCGCCGCCGAGGACCAGCUCGUUCAUAGGGCCAAGGCGAUGUCCAAGUUGUGUUCCCAAAAGGACGAGGAAGCAGGUGGGUUCAGAUACAUGGCGACGCCGAAUGUGGCAGCCGACAUGAAGACCAUUAUCGAAGCCCACGACGCGUGGCUCGAGGAUAACGGAUUCGACACCGUUCCGCUCAGCGCGGGCACUCUCUCAACGAGCGAAGCGGCUCCACCUUCUACCAAGGGCAAGCUUGUGUACUGGGGCUUCAGUUACGGCACAUUUCUUGGCCAGACCUUUGCGGCCAUGUAUCCUGACCUGGUGGGGCGACUGAUUCUCGACGGUGUUGUAGACUCUAACACGUACAAUGCGCCUACAUGGAUCUCGGGCAUCCAAGACGCAGACGCAAUCCUUGACAAGUUCUUCUACUACUGUCAUCUCGCCAACAACCGCUGUGCCCUUUUCCGUGAAGGCGACGAAGGCCCAGGCCCCGUCAGGGAACGGUACGAACAGGUCAUGGCCAAGCUGCGGGACGAGCCAAUCACCGCCGUCUCCAGUUUGGGACACAUGCCCGUCGUGCUGAUGGAGGCCGAUAUCAAGAAGGUGCUCUUUACGUCGCUGUACUCUCCCAUCAAGGUCUUCCCUCUUCUGGCCAACUUGCUGAACCGGUUGUUCGUCGGAGAUGACCUCUCCGACUGGUUGCUUGUGCCGGAUUUCGGCUUCAUUCGCGAUCCAAACUUCAAGCUGCCCAACUACCCCGAGGAGAGCACGAAUGCCAUCACCUGCAGUGACAAUCGGUACCGUCGUAACGAGACUUGGGGGGAUACACUGAACAAGGUGUCAAAGUUUAGCACUUCAUUCGCCGACGUUUUCACGACCAUCAUGAUAAAGUGCGAAGACUGGGAUAUAGAAGCAAAGUUCCCCAGCCCCGACUGGGACGCAAACCUUCAGAGCCCAGACCCGGUCAACACCUCCUUCCCGAUCCUCUUCGCAGGCAACACCCACGACCCCGUCACGCCUCUCGCAUCGGCCGUCGAGAUGUCACGGAAGUUUGUCAGCGCCGGCGUCUUCGAGCUCGAGACCGAGGGCCACUGCACCCUUGCCGCGACCUCGCUUUGUGCCAUCACGAAGAUCCGGGACUACUUGCAAAAGGGCAUCGUCCCACCGCCGCCAACCGUCGCCGCCGACGGGUCUCUUUCGGGGUGGGAUAAGUGUGAGGCAAACGAGAGGCCUUGGAAGCCCUUCUUGGGGGGAUCCGGCACAAUGGAGGACGGCAUGCGGGCGUCGGAGGACUUGCUUGUCUUGCAGGGAUUGAGAGACGUGCAUGACAAGGUCAUCGGCAGUUUGACACCGCCCUUGAAGCUACGUCUUGAAUGA